CGUGGUUCUGUCCAAUUUUCCAGUAUAGCCUCCCGACAGUCACGCAGGGGAAUUGCUCCAGGAGCACUUGCAAGGCGAAAAAAUCCAAAAACGGCGACUUUGAUGGACCCCAUUCAUUUUCCGAGUACCGUUGCUUGUCUUUGAGUGUGUUCUUGGAUGAAAAGGUUCCCCAACACGCCUGGCCUCGCGACGCUUGACGAAAAAAGGUUUUGGAGUUCCACCAAGACGAGCGACCGACGAACCUCGCGCGUCGCGACAAUCCCGCCCUCCACUGGGCUACCUACCACCCCCGUCGUCCCGCGCGACAUCGACAGAACGAACUGCCCGAAACGCCCUGGCAUCGCGAUAAUUUCCACCGAUAGCCACAACCACGAUUCACGACGACAAUUUUCACAAUGGCGCAGCCGGAUUCGGUCCAGGCAAACGGCAUCCCUGGACCGGACCAUGCUGAGUCCCCCCAGCCCGUCGUCCCUGUGAAGAGGAAGCGCGACACCGAGGAUGAGGGCGACGAGGUCAACGGCGAUGGACCGGAGAAGAUGGAAGUCGAUGCUGCUGAAGCCCCAAAGGAGGAUCAUAAACCCCUCAUCAAGAACUAUUUUGCUGUUCUUAGCAGCUUCGAUGCAAACCCGUCAAUUCUGAAGCGUCGCCUUCCCGAACCCGAUGCGGAGCAGCCCGACGCGAAACGCCAAAAGUCCGCCGACAGCCCAGCCACCAUCGCUGACAAGGUCAACAACGACUCGUACUCGCAUGUCGACGAACUCGCGGCCGAUGUCGUCGAAGCCGUCAAAGAUCAACUUGAGGAACUUCAAUCGGCCAAGGUUGAGAAGGACAAGGAGGUCAUUGAUGGCGGCGCUGUAGUGCAGACCAAGGAGUUUCAGCAGAAGGCCAUGGACCUCCUUCGAAGGGAGAUAUCGUACCCACGCAGCGCUGUGAACGUCGGCAACAUCAAACCGGCCCCAGAACUCACUCCAGGCAACGCUGUCUUAACGGUCGUUGGCCCUGGCCCUCACGGCAAGCAACUCUUCUCAAGUCUGCCCAAGAAGGCCCCAGGACAGGAGAGCUUGGCUGCAAAGGCAUUGUCCUUGGAACUUCCCUUGGGCAUAUCGAAGACCUACAUUGUUCCUUCUCGCCAGAGCGAAAGAUCGGCUACUCUUGGAGAGCUCUUCUCCUCGAGCAGACCCCUCCCUCCACUACAGCCGCCUAAGCAACCCAAGCAGCUCGUCAAGGGAAACGUCCUCGGUUUCUACCAUCCCGAGCCGGCGCAAAAGUCCAAGUAUUACAACGAAUCUUACUCUAGCAAAAAGGUCGCAGUCGGUUGCUACUUGGACUACACCAAUGCGGCACCUUCGUCUAAGAGCAAGACUAGACAGCGCGAACGCGCCCAAAGUCUUGCAGGUCACCGACCCUCGUCUACCGAAAUCGAGGUUAACGAAAUGGAGUCAUUGUUUCGCAGCGCAUUCUCCAGCUUCGCGCCCGUCAGAGACGAUUCCGGCUCUGUCAUUCCGUCCAGUCAUGCUGGUCGAAUGUACUGGCAGCUUACUGGACAGCGCAACUUCAACCGCCUCAUCGAGUCCGAGUUGCAGGAAGUCGAUGAUGAUGACACGCUUGAGAACCACGUUGGCGAGAAGGCCGAGACUGAGAACGUGGACGAGGAGUUCGUCACUGAGGCGAUUGAGAAGUGGGAUGAAUGGCUGGUGGAUCCGGCGCUGGAAGACAUGAACGAGGUCCUGUCGAAUCCCAAGGAUAAGGACCCCGCCGACAAGGAGGUUGACGAAUUCCUCGAUGAAGUCACCGACAUGAUUGAGACCUUGCUCUCGUAUCAGCGCAUCCGCAACCUCACACUGCCAUCAUCACAGAAUCGUUACGCAGGCGAUCCUGUCAAUGGCGACUUGCUUUCUCAUGGUGCUGUCUCGGCACCAACGGAAGAGGAGACUAUGACGUACGAAGCACUGAGGGCUCAGCUGAGUCUCAUUGUCGGCACACUGCCUCCCUAUGCAGUGGCUAAACUCAACGGCGACCAACUUGAGGAGCUUCUCAUCAGCACCAAGCUUGAGGUCCGCACAGAUCAGUACAAGGGCGUGAUGGAGGACGAUGCCGCAACGCAAGCCCGGAUGCGUCAACAGCAGAGCGCCGCCGCUUCUGCCCCGUCGAACCGGCCUGCCCCUCACCGAACCCCUAGUGCAUCCACCCCCUACAGCAACCAGUACGCGGCGGCGCAGUACGGAACCCCCACCCGAACACCCUCAAUCGCGCCGUCCAGCUACUACCGGUCGGGGCAGCAGCCUGCCAUGCCCCCGCAGCAAGGUUCCGUUCCUCGUCCGGGCGGUGCCCCCCACCAGAUGCCUCAUGCGCAGCAGCCCCGUCCCGGCCAGCCGGGCAAUUAUCGGAACACCAAUGGAUACACCAACUAUGCGCAGCACGUCGGAAAGGCGCAGACACCGUAUGGCCACCAGGGUGUUCAGUAUGGAUCUCAACAACGACCUCCACAAUACUCUGGUUACGCAGGCACGCCUUCCCACGGCACGCCCAAUGCUCGCUUCCAGCAGCCCUACCAACAAUCUUUCCCGCAACAGCCGAGCACGCCUUCCCAGGGCUACGCAGGCUACUACGCCAAUGGUGCUAACAACAUGCAAUCGCGGAACAUGUCGCCCCAAGUACAGGCUGGUCAAUACAAUUCGCCAACUCCGCACCAACAGCAGCAACGGUACUACGGAUCGACUCCCCACCAGAACGUGCCUGGCACCCCUCCGAUCAACCGUCAGCAUUAUCCGAAUGGUAGCCACCUCCCUCAACAGCCUAUGAAUUCUCUAACUGGAUACAAUACAGCCGUUGCAAGGACAGAUCAGCAGCGCCUCCACGCUGAGCAAGCGAGAUAUAGAGCCGCUGCACAGCAAACCAGCGCAGCUUUCGGGACCAAGAUACAGGGUACACAUGAAGGAAACAACAUGACCCCGGUACCCGCCGACGACCAGAAUGGCCAAGGAUCUCCCUACAAUGCCAACAUGCGAGCGCGCAUGGCCGCAGGUGGUACUCCGAAGCCGCAGAGCCCUGUUGGUAGUGUAGGAAAGCCGAAUGGAACUCCACCAAUCCCGCACAAGGUGACACCGGUACCCAUUCCGGUCAUACCUCAACAGCAGCCGUAUAGGAAGCCGAACUAGCCACAUGGCAAACCUUACCUGCCGCCACAGGAAUUGUAUCCGCGGAUGCCUAUUCCAGUGUCCAGCAGACUGUUGGCAGAGGCCGCAGCACGGAACGGUGGUCAGAAGACGACGCCAUCUGUCAAGCCUCCGCCCCAACCGGUGCAGUCUUCACUGCGGCCCGGCUCGGCAAAGAAAUGAUGCCUACGAUCUCUGGCUCCGUCGGCCGUGGUGUCUCUUGCGUCAACAAAAUGCCGAUUUUCAUUUACUCUACAGUGUCUGAAUAGCCAGGGAAGCGAUGCCCUUUCGGAGUUGGUGUGAGAGAGAGGGUCCCUUUUUUUUUUCUACAAAUCCCGCCUGCGACUCGGAACAGCGGGUUUCCCUGUACUGAGCGACGCAAAAGUGGUGGUCUGAUUGAUGAUGGAUGGAUGGGUACAUGGGGACGCAGUUGCGCGAGAGAAACCCCUCGAUUCGACCAACAACCCUGUGACUCUUGGCGUUCUGGCCCUUGUGUUAUUAGAAAGUUUUCGGAGGAGAGUUGGCAAAACUCGGUAGAUGAUCGCCAGAAAGGGCGACUGUUCUUUUUCUCAGUUUUACGGAGGGUGUGUCGACAUGGAAGUGGUUUGUGCCACGUUGGCACAACAGGAAGGAAGGUUUUUGCUUUUCCUUCUUUUCUUCUGUUUUCCAUGAAAUCAAACGCACAACGUGGGGAAGGGGAAAUGGAAUCAUGGUCUUUUUUAUCACCUUGGCUCGCGAAACGGUGGAAAGGGGAUAAGGUGGGUUGGCUCCAUGUGUAUAGAGUGAUUCGAGUAGCCGACACUUUGUAUCCUAAUCAAAAACUAGUGGCACCUGCG